CCGAUUACCAGUCGUAGCGGCUGAUAGUCCGAUUCAAGUCAUAUCAACAGAUCGAGUCAAAGGGGGCAUCUGCAAGUAGUUGUUUUGGUUGUUUCAAAUAAAGAUCAUCCCCACCUUAAGUGGAGGAAGGUUAGGUAGACGUGGGAAGUAGUUCCUGCCGGUUAGGAUUUCUUUGUUCAAGCAUAGGUUAUUUAAGUUCUUCAUGAAUGAAUAAACGGCAAGCAUUAUUGAGUCAAUAGACAUACUGGUUGUUCUAGCCAAGAAAGUAGAGCACUAGCUUCUUCCUGCCAAGAAAAGGAAGAGCACGAUCGAUAUAAUUUCAGCCCAUAUCAUUUGGUAUCAGAGCCCGGCAUGGGCACCCACGCUCAACGUAUCGAAGCUCUCGAAACCGCCACUCAAGAAAACCAAACCGGCAUCCAGGCGAUCAUCAAUCAACUGGUGGCCGUCCAAACCGUUGUCAAUCAGCUCGCGCAAGAUCAAGCAGCCAGGUCCGAUGCACGAUCCGUCGACGAUGGCGAACGAUCUGUGAAUGGCCGUGGCCGACCACAACCACCUGAGGAUGAGGACGAGCGAGACCGCCAGCCCUUCUUUGGAGCUAAGCUUGCUCGUUUGGAGUUUCAUUAAACUAAUUUUAAAUUAAUAACAGAUUAACCAAAAUAUGAAAGUUAAAUGUAACUUGAUUUGUUUAUUCAAAUGCAAAUAUUCGUCAUGUAUCUCAAAGUGUCUUUAAAAUUGGAGGGCUUAAGAAAAUGAUUGUUUAAAACUGAAAUUAAUUAUUUAAUUGAUGUAAACUGAAAUUAAUAACUAAACUGAAGGACUUAAGUUAGGGGUCGUUUGUUUGUUGGAUUUGAAAAAUGAGGGUUUUGGCCAAUAAAAAUCUUGGGAUUUAUGUUAAUUUAUUUGAUUAUGGAUUUGAAGAGUCUAGUGUUUGCAUGAUAGAUUUGAUUUUGGAUUUGUGAUGGAUUUGUUAAAUAAAUAACUAACCAUCACGGACUUGCAAAUCCCAAAUCAAUAUGUGGGAUUUACAAGUCCGUGGGGUCCACGGAUUUGGUUCCAAAAUAAAGACCAAAUUCGUGGACCCCACGGAUUUAGCACCCUUCAACAAACAAGGGACUUAUGUUAAAUCCAUCAAACUUGGGAUUUGGGUACAAAAUCCAUGACCCAAAUCUAACAAGCAAACGACCCCUUAAUUGAUGUAAUUGUAGAAAAGGGGAAAAGGCUUACCAUAAAAAGCAAAGGGAAAGAAGAAACAUUCUUCCUUCCUGGCGGCUUUGACAUGAUCAUUAAGCUAUAAUUAGCAAGGACAAUUUAAAUUGGUUUUUUUUUUGUUACUUGUGUUUUUUGGUACUCAUGCAUGCGUGAUGUAUAAUUUCCAGCAUAUCUUUUCAUUCCCUCUCAAUUUCCAGCAUAUAACAACCAUCUUCAUUAAUAGUAUGUUAAUAAGUGCCCUUGGGCGUUAAAACAACUAAUUAAAUGUGACUUGUGAAAAAAUACAAAUUCCUUAGGAGAUUAAAACGUAAUGAAUUCAUUUUUAACUU